ACGGACUCCGCCACUCUCCACAGUACAGGCAGUCGUGUUGCCGCCUACUGACCAGACAACCUCAGCGACAGAGGAGGUGUAGGCUAUAUGUGGACUUCUGUCUGCUCUUCAUUCAUACAUACCAUUGGAAAAUACUAUCUGUUGAAUGGAGUGACUAUAGGGUUCCAGCGCUUUCCACAGUAGCCUCUAUAGCGUGCGGUCUGGGAUUGGAAUGACUAAAACAUCAGAAGGGAGACGAAACAGCCUACAUACCUUGUUGGAUUAACAACAUUAAUAGACUAAACUUGCAACAGGACAGUCGGGCAGGAGACUGAAAACAUUCCAGGCUGACUGGCUGUCUGUCAUGAAGAAGCGAGCCAAUGAGGUGUUGGAGCCGGAUGAGCCUCUGUGCUGCUGUGAGUUUGUGGACCGUCAGGGGGGGCGGAGCCAUGUGGCAGCCUGCUGCUGUGACUGUGAGGAUCUGGACGAUGCCUGUGACAGAUGGCUGAAGAAAGAGCCCCAGAAGGCAGAUUCACUGUCCCGUCUGGUUACCAUGGUGAGCGACCGCCUCCGUGUUCCCUGGUUCUGGGGCGGAGCCCGGCGUGUUGAUCUAUCGGUGCUGCCCCCGCUGCUCCUACUUCCUGUCCUCCUACACAUCGCAGCCCUUCACUUCCUGUUGGGCAUGGUGGUUCUGACUGCUCUACCGGUACUGGUUCUAUGGUACUACUACGUCACCCACCGUAAGAAGGGCCGGACUCUGUUCUUCCUCAGCCUGGCCCUGUUCUCCCUGGGCUACAUGUACUACCUCUUCCUCACCGAGGUCUUCCCCAGGGGGGGUGUAGGGCUGACCCAGCUGGGUACAGUGACCCUGGGGGUGGCCCUCACUCUGGCCUCACUCAUCCACACCAAGAGAGAGCCCGGCUACGUACGGCCUCACACGGCCGACAUCCACAGCACGGUAACCUAUCACAGCUCACCUCCGGACAGAGACCCCGCCCACACCAGCCUCAACGGGGUUGGGCAGGAAGUAGUGCUAGCCAAUCGGGGGAGUGGGUCGGAGCAGCAGGGCCAAGGGGUGGAGCAGAGGGAGAGUGGGCGGAGCAGGAAGUGGUGCUCUCUGUGCAGGGUGGUGCGGCCCCCCAGAGCGGGACACUGCAGGAUCUGUGGUGUCUGUGUCCUGAGGCUGGACCACCACUGUGUCUGGAUAAACAGUUGUGUGGGCCAGGCCAAUCACUGCAGCUUCCUGUCGACACUCCUCCUCUUUCUGUUGACCUCUCUGUAUGGAAUCAGUCUGGUGCUGCGCAGCGUGUGUCCCCAACAGAACCUGCUCAGCGCCCUGCUCUACUGCCCAGGCGUCUACAAUCAGUACAGCUCGGCACUGUGUUUCACCUGUGCGUGGUACAGCAGCAUAGUGACGGGUGGCCUGCUACACCUUCUGGUCCUGCAGCUCAUCAACGUCAGCUACAACGUGACGGAGCGAGAGGUGUGCACCGCCCUCCGAGACAAGACCGCCCGCAGCCACUACUGGGGCCUCGUCGUAGACACAGGAGUCUACUCACAUGGUUUCCGUGGCAACUGGGCAGAGUUCCUGACAAUGGGAGAAGGCCUGCACACACCCUCACCCAGUCUCACUGACUUGGUGUAGCUGAGCUGCUCAUCAUCGUCAUUACAUCUUUAGAAGUGAUUGAUCAAAUUGGACGAUCCAGGUAGAAGUUGCCCACAGAAACAGAUCUAGGAUAAUUUUACCCUCAUACCACAGGAGGCUGCUGAGGGGAGGGCGGCUCAUAAUAAUGGCUGUAACGGUGCAAAUGGAAUGGCAUCAAACACGUGGAAACCAUGUGUUUGAUGUAUUUGAUACCAUUCCACUAAUGCUGCUCCAUCCAUUACGACGAGCCCGUCCUCUCCAAUUAAGGUGCCACCAACCUCCUGUGCCUCAAAGAAUCCUGACUUGAACCGUUAGGGGGAAGAACACAAGACAGACCUUGGGUCAGUGUCUAUGGGUAACUUCACCCUCUGUGAUAUGGGCUAGAGUUGAAGGAUGCAUCUGAUGUACUGUCUUUCACCAACAGAUGGCAGCAUAUCUCCACACCUCAGACUUCUGACUGCCAUCACCUUCUCUCCCCAGUUGUCCCAAAUAUGUAUAUAUACACUAGAUAACUGACAGGAGGCACUGUAUUGAAGCACCUCCAUCUUGGCACUGCCCCACCGUUGUAAAAAAUAUUUUGGAAACUAUAGAAAUGCAUUUACCAAAUGUCUACAUUAGUGUUUGCAACGUUUAUUCUGUCACAGACACCUUAAUGCAGCGUUUCCCAAACUCAGUCAUCAGGAACCCAACGUGUGCAUGUUUUGGUUUUUGCCCUAACACUACACAGCUGAUUCAAAUGAUCAAAGCUUGAUGAUUAGUUGAGUAUUUGAAUCAGCUGUGUAAUGCUACGGCAAAAAACAAAAUGUGCACCCCUUAGGAUCCCGAUGACCAAGUUUGGGGAAACCCUGCUAAUAAAUUACACUGAACAAAAACGCAACAUGUAAAGUGUUGGUCCCAUGUUUCAUGAGUUGAAAUAAAAAAAUCCCAGACAUUUUCCAAACGCA